AUGGAAGAAGUGAGGCAGCUUGUGCAGGAAGAAGGCAGAGAAGCAAGAAACCUGGUCGCAUUUCAUGUAGCCGUGGAUACACCAACUCGAGUGUCCCGCAAGCCGCCCAAGGCUACGCCUCCUCCGCGUAGGUCUCUGCCACGGGCCACGCAUCUGCGCUCCGCAUCGGCCGGCCGCGACAAACGUUCCGAGUUACGUGCGAGAUACUGGGCACUGCUGUUUGGUGAUCUGCAACGCGCUGUUGGUGAAAUCUACAAUACAGUUGAAGCCCACGAGAACCUAAAUGAGUGCCAAGAAGUAAUAUUAGUUCUAGAAAACUACACGCGUGAUUUUAAAGCAUUGGGGGAAUGGUUUAGAUUGAAAUGGGAAUACGAUAAUACUCCUCCACCGCAACGGCCACAGAGUUUGGCUUGGGAGAUAAGAAAAACUGAUUUCGUUCGGCCGGAAUCUCGACGUGCACAUUCCGUAAAAAGUUCCCCAUCAGUAUCUGGUAAAAAUAGCCCUUGCUUAUCUGGACAUAACACUCCAAGCGGUAAGAACAGCCCUAAUUUGACAGGCAAAGCUAGUCCAGGCAGCGGCAAAAUUAGUCCAAGGAUUUCGACAUGCCAUUCCAGUACUAGUCCAAAAACAAACAUCGAAUUCUUUACCAACAAAAUUGUGGUAUCCAAAAUCACUACUAAACCUGAGCCCAAAUCAGCUAAAGAACCAACCAGACUUUCAGAUAUUAAAGAAAAAGAUGUCAAAGAAGCAAUAGACGAGAAAAUUAUGGAAGAUACAGAAGUAGAUAUUAAAAAUAACGUUAGAGAAACUAAAAGCCUUCAAGAGAGUGAUCAAAUUAUUACAGUUGAAAUAGGAAAGGUUAAAGAACUGCCUAGUACUACUCCUAAACAAGUUAACAUAAAAUCACCAAAAACUGUCAAACCGACUGUAAAAAAUGCUAAAACACCGCCUGACAUUGAUCAUACUAGCCACAUUAAUGCUCAAUUAGAUGCAAUGGAGAAUGAAUUUUUAAUAAAACAGCUAACAGCGGUUAAGGCUAAAAAUGAAAAUUGUUUGAAUGAAGAGAAAGAAGUUGAAAUUACUAGCGAUGAAAUGAAACAUGAAAAUUCAGAAAACAAGACACCUUCAAAUGACGAGAAUGAUGGUCUGCCGACUACAUCACCUACUAAAUCGGAAGAGAAUUUUGCGGAUGUAUCAAAUGAGAGUUCGCCUAAAUAUUCUGUUGACAACUUAAAAGAUACUUCUGGCCAGGUAAUUGGAAAUAAUGAAUUGAUUCAUAACGUGUUAAAUGAAAAAGAAAUUUGUAAUGACAAAACACAAUCGGUAGAUGCCAUUGCCUCAGAUAUAACACCUAGAAUAAAUUCUGCAGAACAUUUUCAAGAAACAGAAAAUAAUGACGAUUUAAGUAAACCGAGAGAAGAUGUAAAAGGAAAUGUGCCAGAAAGUGCCCAAAAGGUGGACAGCUUUGUUAAUGAAGCGACUAUACUCCAGUUAAAUAAAGGUCAUUUAAAAGAAGCACAUGAUAUUACACAUGAUAUCAGCGUCAAUAAAGAGGUUAAACAUUUAAAUGACAUUAAAGAUCUUACUAACGAUGCUAAGAUGAAAAAGCCAAUUGAAGAAGGUAAGGAUACACAUGAUAUCAGCGUCAAUAAAGAGGUUAAACAUUUAAAUGACAUUAAAGAUCUUACUAACGAUGCUAAGAUGAAAAAGCCAAUUGAAGAAGGUAAGGAAGAACUUAAAAAAGAGCCGGAUUUAAAAAAGCCAGAGGCCAAAGUGAUUUUAGAAGCAAAGUCAAUCACGAAGCCUGCAUAUUCACAAGCGGCUGCGAAACCUAAACCAACAAACGCUGUUAAAGCAGAAGUAAAAACGCCUACGAGAACUGCUCUUGUGAGAAGCUCAACUGUUGUAGAAAUGCGGCCUAACACAGCUCCUAAAACUCAGACACCAUUCCAAAAAAGAAGUCAAGCUAAUAAAUGCAGCUAUCCCUUCAACUUGACUACUAGUCGCACCAGUCUUUUUGACACUCCAACCUCAAAUACUAUUAACAGAGCACCACUGUCGAAACGGUCAGUAAAUAAAAACAGUCAUAUGGCCUCAGGUGACGCAAAAGUAGUUCCUAAUAAAGUAGAUCUUAAAAAGCGUCCACCAAGACCAACCGCCUUAAAAGUAAACGAAAAAGGUGAUAAGAAAGAAAAGAUUAAUCAACCAUUAGAAAAAAUAAAAGACUAUGAAGAAUAUAGCAGCUGUGAUACGAUAGUGACUCAAAUAGAUAUGUCAAGGAUCGAAUCCAGCGAGAGCUUGAAAACAUUAGUUCCUGAGGAAACACAACUACACGAUGUUGCCAAUUCGAUAGAAGUGCUCAAUGUAGACAACAACAAGAACGAUAAUGAUGGGUGGUUGACUGUCAAGUCCAGGCGACUGUGUCGCGAAUCAAAGAAGCAAUCAAAGUCUCACUGGGCGAAUAGGUAUCACCAACCUUCCGCUACAACAAGUUUGCCAACAUUAAACAUGUUAGAAUCCCCUAAAGAAGAUACAAACGCUAUAGUAGAGUCACCCAAAGCCACUAAAACCGAUCGCGCGAAAUCUGAGCAGCCAGAAAAUGUUGUCAAAACGGAAAAACAUGUAAAAGUUGAAAAUGUCGUAAAAGUACUUCCUACACAAAAGAUUGAAAAUAAACCUAAAGACUUGGCUAUGAUUAGACAAAAAUCGGACGUCACUGGCCUUAAAACUAAAUCGUCUAGAAACAAAGUGCUUACAAAGAAGGCAGAGAAGAUCAUAGAUAAAUCAAACACAGAGGAACAUUCUGAUUUGAAUAAGAACAGGCUCCAUUCGUCUUUGGAAAGCCUUACGACUGGCCUGGCGAGGUCUCAAGAGAGCACCGAAGAAGCAUUUGAUUUUGAUAAAUGGAAGGCUGAAUUUAAAUUAACAUUCAAGUAUCUCGAUGACGAGGACCAAAUUCCCAAUCAUAAUGAGAUUCUGAAAGCAGCUGAUCCGUCUGAGAUGUCGGAGAUUGCGGAAAUGACAUCACAGAUUGAAGAGAACGAGAGGAAAAUUAGUUGGGCCUUGGACUUUCAAUCGGAAGUUGAUCAAAGAAAGCUCUGCGAAGAAGAGGAUUUGCUUAAUCGACAGAUUAUGGAGCUGCAACAAGUUUCUGAUAUUGACUUAGACACAGAGACUGAUGAUACAGAGACGGAUGCUGAGAUCCUGUGCGAAGACACCGUGAACCCUCCUUCAUGUCCAUCGGAGAGCCUGGGUUCCUUGGCCGCAAGUCUGGAGGACCAGUACGAGACAGCGUUGGCUGGAAUGACCUGGGCCGAGCGGGUCGAUACACUGGUAGUGCUUGAGGCGCUUGUGGCUAGAGAUCCUGGACGAGCCCAGCAGCUGCACGCUAAACUCUCCCAAGGUAUCAAACGCCGUGGAAGUCUUCAGGAUGCUUUGCGAAGGCUCCAAGCUAAGCAAGCCCGUGCAGAACGACAGAGAAUGGAGUAUCAAACGGAGAGGGCAAAGAAGAUACAUCAGCUGCUGGCAAGAGUUGAGGAAGUCAAGGUGGCAAAAAAUCAACUGAUAGAAGAGAAGAGAUUGAGAAUGGAGAGGCGUCUCCAGAAGGCGGCUGAAAACCGAGAUCAGUAUUUGAAAGAUAUCGUGAAGAAAGCCCACGAUGAAGACGAGAAGCUGAGGGAGAUCGCGUUCAUAACGCAGCUGCAAGCGCAGAACAGGAGGCACGAUUUCUUGGCACAGUGCCGAUACCACACCACUAGGCUGAGACAGAUGCGACGAGAUCGACUCCAGAAGCUGGAGGAGAAGGCUGCACGGGAGGCAGCUGUGGGGGCGCGGCGCCAAGCUCUGGAGGAGGCUCGGCGCAGUCGCGUGGAGUCGCUGCUGCAGAGGCGGCGCCUGCGGGAUGAACGGGUGCAGGGGAUGCGGGAGCUGCGGCGGCAGGAGCGGGACGAUGCCGCCAGGGAGAAGGCGGAAGGUGUAAAAUCCCGUCUGUCAGCACUCGCAGCGGCCGCUGAACUGGAAGUAGACGCCUUGAGAUCCCGUAUAAGGGACAAACAAGACGCAAGCCAACAGAGAUUGGAACUACACCUGCAGGCUGUAAGAGAAAAGGCGACUGGACCGCGACAAGCAACCAUCUCCGAAAGCCAUGAUCAGGCCACGAAGGACGAAGAGGAAGCGGACAGACUUGAGCAAGAGAGACGCGACAGAGAGAAGCAGAAAAAUAUUAAGAAGAAAGCGCGUAAACUGCGACAGAAAUUGCUGGCCACAGGCAACGAAAACCUAAUUUUAGAUGAUCACAGUCCAUACGAGCCGUUCAACUUGCCUAUAGUCAAUAAAAUGUACAAAGUUGUACAACAAAUUACCAAUAUCAUUGCACCAUUGCUUGAUGAUGAACAGCCCAACGCUAAGGUCAACCACAACGGUGUAGAUUUUGACGAGAAACCUAAGAAGCACAAAAAUAAAAAACCCAAAGCAGUAAACGGAGAUAUCGAGCAUGAAGACAAGAAGAAAUUUAAAAAGAGGAAGACAGAAGAUGACCAAAACACUAAUGGCGGUGUCAGUGUCGAGAACAAUAAUAACACUGAACUGGAGAUCAUUAAUCUAGAGGAGAAGGUGGAGACAAAGAAAAAGAAUAAAAAGAAAAACAAAGAUAACGAGGCCAAUAACGAUAGGAAUAAAAAUGAUAAACCCAAAUUAAGUAAGGCGAGCUCUAUUUGUAGCUCUUUGAGCGACACAAGCAGGGGAAGUAAGAAAUGCGAGAACAAAUUUGCGGUCGUAAUCGACCAUAUGCUACUGGAGAGACAGCUGAAUGAGUUGUAUAGAAUGAUGGAAAGGUUGGACACGUGGGGUCCAGAUAUACUAUCAGUGGCGAGGCUGCAGGGUUUGAAGGCGGGCGUUCGCUUGUUGGCACUUGCAGCUGACUCGCAGCUAGCACAUACAUUUCCUGCCAGGUGCGUGGUGGCGUGCGUGCGCGUGGUGGCGCGCGCCUGCGGCGUGCUGCCGGCGCGCCUGCUGGCGUCCGGCGCGCCCGUGCACCUCGUCACGCUGCUGGCCGACACGCUCGAGAAAGACCUUCAAUCCGACCCUAAGGAGAUGGAACUGGCGCGUCAGCUCAGCGACUGCCUGUCGAUCGUACUUGACUCUGUGCUGUGCUCGACUCGGCUCCACGAGGAGAAGCCCAGGGCGAAGGAAGACGUGCAAUUGCUGGGCUCGCUGAGAAACAGGGCUCAUAUGAUUAUCAGCUACCUGUGCCUCAGCGGCUGCAUCGCACGCGCGGAAAAAGCUGGAGAGGCACGCGAGAGUGUGCAAACCUUGCUCACCGUGUGUGCAGACCUUUGCCAUCCUUCUGAUGCUGACGUGGGUUCAGAGCGCUCAUCGGCGAGACAAUCGCUCCGCUGUGCACUAGGAACUAGCAUAUGUGGCUCGCGUGCGGAGUUCUGCAUGCUGUUCGCCAAAGGGGCGGACCUUGGCCACUGCGGCAGCUUCGUGAGGGCCGCUCGCACUGCCCAUUUGCUGCGUGCGUUGGCUGAGAUGGACCAUUUGAUUGUGCAGGAGGCGUUUGGCGAAGGUGGUUGGCCAUUGGAGUUCCGAGCGGCUGUGGCCAGACUGCUCUCACAACAUGCACCAAACGACAAAGAAGCGCCUCGAACUACACCGCUACGCCUAAGCAACCAACGUCUGGAUCAGAACAUAUCGGAGACCAUGGUACUGGACCUGAUUGUCCUCGUGGGUUUCGUCGUGGUCAACAACCCACAGCUGCAGGAGACAAUUUGUGAGGGCUGGAGCGUGAUCAGGAUGCUGUGCACGCUGCCGGCCAACUGGCUGGUGUCGCGCGCGCACAGCCACGCGCUGCUGCCCACGCUCGUGGCGCUGGCCGAGCGCCCCGCCACCGCCGCCGCCAUCGCCGCCGAGUUCAGCGUCCAGAUGCUCUGCGAAUACAUGGAAAGCCCCGAAGCACAAAAGGUGAAAUUGGUUCAGGUGAUCAAACAAGGACGUAACAAGAAACACGCUGGUAAGAAAUAA